ACCAUAACAUGCGCCAAUGGCGCACACCCUGCUACAAUAUUCUGGAGCGAACGUGAUUGUUCUAGAACAGGUCUUCAUUGUCCGUAAUAGAGAUUGACACUUCAGAGGAUUUUCAAGAUGAAGUUCUUUGAAAUCGUUUUCGCUGUCCUAAAUUAUGUUUACACAUAAUGCCUAAUAACUUCGUACUUUAAGCAUAAUGAUACUUGUCUCUUAUGCUAAAAUACUAGUACCUCAAUUGACCCUACGCCAUAAAGCUAUGACAAGUUGGAUCGUGACGUCAUUAUCAAACGAUACAACAAAGCGAUGUUAGGUAGUCCAGUGCAAGGACGCUGGAUGGCUAAGGUGGCGCCAAUAAGAAAAUUAUUUUGGUAGGUUAACCCGCAAUUUUCAGAUUUUAUGGCUUCUGUACCACAAAAUAUAAAAGUUGCGGAAAGCCGUUUUCCUAAGGGGCGGUUAGGUUUGGACGAAACGCCCCCUCAGACCCCGGGAAAACAACAACAACAUUCCCGCCAACAGCGUUUCCUCGACCAGAAGAGCCGUAACGUUACUAGCAACCAAUCACCAGAGAAGGGCCGUUUCAGCAACCAAUCACCAGAAAAGGGCCGUUUCAGCAACCAAUCACCAGAGAAGGGCCGUUUUAGCUACCAAUCACCAGAGUCCUUCAGUAACCGUAGACUGAAACGGAAGGGUGACGGCAGAAAAUUCGUCCAGAGACGGGUAGUUCUUGUAGACUCGAAACAAAAGGAAUUUGCGCGGGGUUUGGAAGAUGGUGUCUCCAGACCUUGGGUCUUACGCCGUCUCAGCGAUAAACCUGAUUCAAAUGAGGUUUUGGUUGGAAAUGCGGUGUGCAGUGCAUGUGGCCACCGGUCGGCCUCUCCCAUUGUGCAGAGGGGGAGGGUCAGCCCUGAUGUGGGCUGGCUCACUGUCAGCAGGGUGGAGGGGAAGAAGUCUGCACGGCUGAUGGCCAGGGUUGGGGACAUCACAUCUAGGAUGUCCAUGGCGCUGAACACCUUUGAGAAUGCAUUUGACUUUGUGGAUGACGAGGAUUCUUUGGAUGAUUUUCGUGCCAGGGUUGACAGCAUUGACGACGGAGAGGUUCGUGUUGAGAUGAAGACAUUUAUCGAACGUUAUCGAGAGAUGAUGGACCACGUGGAGGAAGUGAAUCAAGAGCGAGAAGAGAUCUUAAUGUCACUUUCGGAUUGGUUUGGCAUUGAUCAUCUGUAUGACCUGGGCAGAGAAUGGGAUAGACUGGAAGCCAGUCUUCAAGAAGCAGAGGAAUCGGGGAGUUCCUUCAAGGAAGGUCUGGUGACAGCCAAGAUUGCCUCUGAGAAACUGAGAAACAUGAACGAACAAAUGAUGAAGCUAAAACAGCAGGGGCGGAAAAUCGACCAUUUGACGAUGGAAAAGGAAAACUUACAGAAGCAGGUUAUCAAUGCAUUCAAACAGGUCAAGCAGAAACCAGACCAGAGACAGAGUGAGGGAGCUGUCCUGAAAAAUGCUGCUGCUGAGGUCCAAGGACUACUCACAAGGAUCAGGACAGAGGGAGAGGAUGCUAUUGCUGUGAUGGAAGCUGAGUUACAGAAGCUACUGACAAAGCUGGAGGAACAAACUGUCAACAUGAAUAUGAUUGCUGCUGAACUGGAAGAAAAGAAAUUGAUGUACCAGAAAGUGAUGGAGGAGAACACCAAGCUGACCAAUGAGAAGCUUCUGAUGCAGGAGAGGAUGGAGAAAACUCUGGAUGAAGUGGUCAGGCUCAGAAAGGCCUUGAAGGCUCAGGGGCAGGUUGAAGAAUCAGCAGGGAUGAAAGUCAAGGUCAAGGAGGGCAAGUGGCAAGAUGAAGAUGGAAAGUGGUACGACCCAACAACUCUUCUGGUUCAGCUCAGGGGUCUGAGGGUGAAGACCACUGAGACUGAAAAGGAUAUUAGGAGAUUGAAGGUUCAACUGGGUGAGAUAAAGACAGCUCUAGAGGUCAAGGAAACAGAAAACGAUGCUUUGAUGAUUCAGUUGAAGUCCAGACCCAGAGUGGUGAAGUCCAAAGUGAGGGUUGAACACACAACAACAGUCAGGUCACAAACGACUGAGUUGGUACAAAGUCCACAGGUUGCAGCAGAGAGCUCAACAUGUAGUCAGUGUGGAUGGUCCAGACAAGAUACUGCAUCAGUCUCCUCAUCAGGAAAGAUAGGGCAGGAAAAGGGCAUUGGGCAGGUGCCUGUGCAGUCAACACCAGUACACAUGCAGUCAUCAAUUCAAGAAAACGAACAAAACUCAAAAGUCAUCACUGCACUUACUCAAGAGAACAAGGAGCUCAGACAGAGUCUGGAGAUGACAACGGACAGCUUGGACAAUGCCCUGGAGGUACAUCAUUACAACAUGUAAAUGCAUUUAAGUUCACUAAGCUUAUUCUACAGUACUAUUGGAAUCAAAGUGCAUGGUACUGAAAAUACAGUGGUUAGUGCAAAGCUGUCUCCAGUGUUAAUUGUUCGUCUGGGAGUCCAUGUUGCUCGUUUUCAUGGUUGAUUUUGAAAAUACAUCUACAUGAAAAUAUGGAAAAGGAGUGUUUGCAGUGGUUUUGAGUUUGUAGUAGUGCUAUCUUGCAAACUUAGAUGCAUUCACAGUGCUGUACUGCAGUCACAUAUUGUAAUAGAAAAUCUGGCGUCUCUACAAACCACCUAUCAGAAACCACUUACUGGUUAUGCGCAAGGCUGCUACAAAUGGGCAUAACAGUCAACUUUUGAAUUUGACAGUUCUGGCAUGGUCAACUAUCAAUGAUAUAACCGUGUCUACCCUCUGAAUAUGAGUACAGUUACUGUACUACUUUCCUACCAUCACGUUAUACAGUAGGUCGUAUAGAGAAAUGAAUUAAUGCUCAAAAUGUUGUUUCUUGUAUGUAAUCCUAUGUCUUCACUAUGGCAAGUACCCCAAACAUUUGAUUGACUAAUAACAAUGCUUUAAUCCAGGAGAUAGAGAGACUGAAAGCUGAGCUGGAAGAGCUGAAGAGCCAUCAGACUCAGGACCAGUACAUGUACAUGGGUCCUGAUGUCAGCAUGGUGAUGGACAUGUCUGAUGAGGAGGAGAUAGAAAUCAUGCAUCAGGACUACACUAGAGAGGACACGCAAAGCCUACACAC